AUGAUCUCUCAUAAGCUUGUCGCCGAACUUGGUCUACCUAUGAAGUAUCUAGACGUGCCCUACACAGCCUACAUUAUGAAUGGCGAAUGCAUUAUGUAUCAUGCAACUGUUACACUUACAUGGCGGUUCGCGGAUAGCACCGACAUCGAGAUCAACUCCACCUUCCUGGUCUCCCCUCGUCUACCCGAACCAUUCCAAUUCGUAUUCGGCUCCGACUUGCAAAAUUCUAAGGGGUUCUACUACAACCCUGUCAUCCAGAAGCUGGUUAUUGUUGGGGAAAUUCCCCCUGUACAGCAUUCCGAUGACGAUGGUGCAUCAGGCUCUGCGGUCGAGCUAAGUCUCACAACAGCCUCGGAUUCAUCAUUCGUCUUGCAGAAUUCAGAUACUACCGGGCGAGAUAAUCUACGAGCUAGUAAAUCUGAGAAGACCAAUCUCACUGAGGCACCCUCACCUUCCGAGACCACAGUCGUUCUGGAGACUCCCCACUUCAUCAUAACUGCUACCCAAGACCCCGACGACCUUCAGACGAAUGUCUUCACUGUGGAUAUCAAAGCUGCGAGUAUGCCUGCUCGAAAGGCUCGCCCAAAUAAACUCUCGCAUCAUCAUCCCCUCAACAAACCAGAUGCUACAGACCCUACGUUGUUCGAUGAGACUCGAGCCCGAUUGGAAGGCCUCAUUCAAAGAGGAUGUUUGGCUCCUACAACCGAUGACGAUGACGGCUUUAUGUACCUUACCACGACAUAUUAUGGCGUACGAGGAUCGAAGAGGGCACGACCCGUAUUCCCCUUCAGGAAGCUCAAUGAUGAGACCGUGCAACUUCUCAAGGAUUGCCCUGUCCGACAGGAUCCGUUGUACUCCAUUCUUGACGCUACAAGAGGGUAUGGCACUUUGAAGCUGAUGGAUGUCUCGGAUGCAUUCUUCCGCAUCCGGACGGGCCCCAACCUACGACAAAUAAUGACGGUGUUUAUCGACGGUCAGCGAUUCUUCUUCUGCAACCUACCCUACGGGCCUAAUUUUUCGCCAUUCGUCCUACUCGCAUGUAUGUCCCAUAUUUGUACCACCGCGAAGUCACCUUACAACAUCAAAUAUUAUAUGGACGAUGUCGCUACGGACCAUCCACAUCCUCAACAGCUGCAGCAGCUCUUCGACAAGUAUCACUUCCCUACUACUCUGGGCUCCAAACUGUCGAUCAUGGCCGCUCCCUUCGCUAUAGCGACAGAGGAUGGGCGAGUUUCAUUACUCACGAGCUCCCUAGCAACCCAUCCUUGCGGGACGCACUAA